GCAUUGUUUUGAUAAUGUUUUGCAGACCAGUGAUUGUCGGCCUGGGUAUUUUCAAGAAAAACUGUAGACUGCCUCCGUUACUAGUUGGGAUUCCAAGGGAGAUGAUGAAGCGCUGGACUUAGUGACACGUUGUAAUGAAAAGAGACUAAUGACGGCGUAGUAGAAUUCACAGGAAGACAAUGACUACAAAUUAAGAAUUCAAAGCAAAAUAAUAUAUGGCUUAUUCCAUUACGGACAAUGUCUACGGUUCGUUAACAAUUCUUAAAGAUAAUAGACUAAUGCUAUUACGCCUAAAUUAACACCGCGGUUAGAUUCAUUAUUACAUGAAAGAAAACUGUGAUAAGCAGGUCGGUUUGCGUUUACUAUUGUAUCAAAUCACAACAACAGUAAUUUAGCAAUUUUUCUCGGGAUGGAAAACUGCUUCGAGGCCCGGUUCGUGGGUCGAAAAGAUGAACUCCGCGAUUUGCAAGCUGCCUGGAACAAAAAAUUUAAGAUGUUCGGAAUUUUCGGGAUGCGAUCUGUUGGUACAUCAAGGCUAGCGAAGGAGUUCCUUGCUAGUGUCUCGGAUCAAUAUGAGGAACUAGUCUACGUGAACUUGAAGAAAACCAGCGACCUAGCCGCGAUGUACGUCAAUAUAUGCGCCCAGUUGACUAUUGCUGUUGAAUCGAAUCCGAACGAUGACAAGUCGUGGGAAAGCAUGCUGGUCUAUACUGUUUCCACGAGAACAAAACAAUACGUAUUCUGUUUUGACAACGGCGAAUACUUUAUUGACAUGGCCAAAACCCACGACCCUCUACAAAAUCUCUGUAUUGCCCUUAUAAAACUGAACAAUGUAAACGUUAUUUUGACUUCUACAACAAAGUUUCAGCUGGAAAGAUUGCGGCAUAUCUACCAUGUUUGUGAGCUGCAACCGCUAAAGCCAACAGAAACAUCGGAGUUACUUAGAGCCGAAGCGCCUGGGUUGGACUAUGGCAAAUACAUGGACCCUAUUGUCGAACUUAGUGAAGGGUUGCCGCUUCUGAUCCUCAUGAUAACGUCCGAGCUUCGGGAUGACGGAGGCAUGUUGACGCCGCAUGACAUGGCACAACUGCUAGCGGAAUAUAGACUAAAAGUCCUUAGUCGAGAGUUUUACCCCGAAGAGGAAAGAGUUGCUGACGUUUACCGGCUGUUCAUUAAUCGCCUGAGCCCCGUACUGCAGAGACGGUUCUCGGAAUUGGACUAUAUCCCAGGCUCGUUCACGGCAGAAGAGGCCAGAUCGUUACUUGAUUACCCUACGGAAGCAGUGGUGAAGGACCAUGUGCUUGUCCCUAAACUAAGGGGUCACUUCAUUUCCUUUGAUCCCGCAAAUAGGCGCUUCAACAUACAGGGAAUCUUGAGAGAGAGUCUCAAGACAUGUUUCGCUUUGCGGCACAUUCCAGAAAUCCGCAAGCGUUUUUGCAAAACAUUCACCAAGGUAAUGACGAGCAUAUCUCGACGUUUUACGUCGCAGGAUUAUGCGAGCGCAUUGGCGGACUUUGCGUUUGAGCAGCCGAACUUGCAGAAGCUGUUGCUGGAGAUACAGUACACGACACAGGACACUUACACGUUCUUUAUUCGGAUGGCUACUGAGUCUGCAGUGUUUAUUGAGCAAUAUCUCGCAGGUAACUCGGAGGAUUUCUACAGUCAAUGUCAUCGUGCAGCAGACCGAUAUGGCAAUGAGAUGGACAAAGCUGUAGUAGAUUUGGCAGUGGGGAGCCUGUACACUAAUAUCAAGGCAGAUCUUAAAGCGGGCUACACCAAAUACAGUGCAGCUUUAAGCAUAUUGAAAGGCGCUGGAAAGUCUCUACAGCUCGCAACUGCGCAUCAGCGCAUCGGAUACAACCUGAUGUUACAGGAUCAAAACGACCACGCUAUAAAUCACUUAAAAUGUUCGUUGGCCAUCUCGCUAGUAUCCGGGAAGCCAUUCGAGCUCAUAGCUCUACAGGCGUUAAACAAUAUGGGAAGUACGCUUACCAAGUUAGGAGCAUUCGAAGAAGCUGAGAAAUACAACUUCGUUUCCCUAAAACGUCGACGGAAAAUCCAAGGUGAAAAUCACCCGGAUGUUGGAAUGACGUUGAACAACAUUGGAAUUAUGUACGACCAAAAGGGCGACAUAAGGUUAGCAUUGAAAUACUUCCAAGAAGCCCUUGACAUAAAGAAGAACUCGAAGGCUCCAGAUCUUUCUCUGGUUGCUUCGUUGACGAAUGUUGCAAACGUAUACUUGGCCGUUGAAAAGUUUGAUGAAGCAUUAAAUGCUUUAGACGAAGCGGAAAGAAUUUUAUCAAAGCAACGUUUUCCGCAGGUACACUUAAUUGCGUAUUUGAAUGACACAAGGGGUAAGUUGUAUUUCGAACAGGGCAAUAUGGACAAAGCUGCUGAAAUGUUCGAGAAUGCGGUUAGGGGACGCGAUAAAGUGGCGUCUGGAAAAACCACCCACGUGGAAAGCUUGGUCCAUAUGAUGAAAGUGGCCGUUAAAAAAGGGGACACUUUUAAAUGUAUUAAAACUGGAAAAACUGUGCUUUCUUUUAGAAACGAUCUUAUAAAGCAGCGUCCAAAAAGUCGCUUUUUAACUGAGUGUUUCGAUUGCCUUGCAAAGGUGUACGAGAUAAUGGGUGACGAUGUAAAGGUCAGGGAUACAUUGAGAAAGAUCAAAAUUGAACUGUUGAGGCUGGAAUACCUUUACACGUGCGAUUGCAAUGAAGACAUGGUGAGUGAAAUACGGCAACAGCUGGAGGACAUUGAGUGCAGACUGAAGGCGUUGCCUCACACCAACGACGAUGUUACAAACACCAACACAGUGAUUUAAAUUAUGUUAAAUUUGUAGAGCAUGCAAUAUUAAUUAAAUAGUACCGUUUAAAAAUGAUAUCCGCUUUGCAAAUAUAAGGGCUUAAUACAACGCAUGAUAUUACUUAGUUAUUAAAAUUUUUAUGAAGUGAAUACAAGUAUUGAACACAG